AUGAAUAUAAAAACAUCUAGUUUACCACGUGAAUGUGCAGAUUUGAAAUUGUCUACUAGCGGUGUUCAUACUAUAUACCCGUAUGGAGAACCACCAAAAUCGAUGUAUUGCUUCGUUGAUGAUAAAGGUCAUAUAUGGACGGCUAUUCAACGUCGCUUCGAUGGAUCUGUAAAUUUCUACAGGGGUUGGCAGGAUUAUAAAAAAGGGUUUGGACAAGCGAGCGGUGAACACUGGAUAGGCAAUGACAUCAUACAUGCAAUUACAGCUGAUUCGAAUUACGCUCUCAUGGUUCUGAUGACAGAUUACAACAAUGUUACAAAGUAUGCGGAAUAUUCAUCAUUUCAUGUAGAUACCGAAGAAAAUGGAUACCGUUUAAUGUUAGGAAAAUACACUGGGAAUGCCGGUGAUUCCAUGAUAACACAUAACAGUCAGAAAUUUUCGACAUAUGACAAAGACAGUGACGUGUAUUCUGGUAACUGUGCACAGGUAUAUAAAGGAGCAUGGUGGUAUAGUAACUGCGUUGAUGUCAAUCUUAAUGGUCUAUAUCUAAGGGGUCCUAAUAGUCAAACUGCCCAAGGCGUAAUAUGGUUGACAUGGCACGGAUCCGAAUACUCACUUAAAGCUACAACCAUGAUGAUAAGAAAAUACUGA